UGUAACCAAUGCGCCCAAGAGCAGUUAGUUAAUUAGCUUCGGCUUAGUUAUUAGAUCUGGCGAUUUAUACUGCUAAACUUACCGAAGCAGAAAGCGUUAAAAUGUGGUUGAAUUGGACUGUUUGCCUAAAUUUGCAUAUUUAAGUACCAGAUAAAACUAGUAGACUAGCAGUAGUGCUUAACUGAUUUUGAGUUCGUUUGAAAAAUUUUACAUUUGACGAAGUGAACGGUUGUUGAAAAAAAUAUAAAAAUUUUAUUAUGGUCCUGACCGAACAGCAACAGGAGGAGCGGGACAGACUGCGGGAGGAGCAGUUUGACCGACUGCGCAAGAUCAGCUACAUGGCCAAUGGGGCCUCCAAGUUUCUCAGGACCAUCGGCAGAGAUCUCUCGGGGGGAGCGGACGUGGAGGAGAUCCUGAGCAAGCAGGAGAGGGGCGACAUCCAGCUCAUGAGUUUCCAGGACAUGGAGUCAAUGUUCAAGGAUGACGAUGACUCGGCCAACAAGAACAAGAACCUGAGCAAGGACAGUCAGCAUGGACAAGAGUACAUCUGCUGGUCAUGUGACAAGUCCCUAUAUGGUCAUAGAUUCGUGAACAAAGAGGGACACCCCUACUGUGUGCCCUGCUUCCACGACAAGUUCGGAAAUGACUGUUUCAAGUGCAACAAACUCAUCGAGGCCGAUACUAAGGAUGUGAGUUUUGAGAAGCAGCACUGGCAUGAGAAGUGUUUCACGUGUAAAGAGUGUAAGAAGCCGUUGGACGUGGAAGGGUUCUCCUUCAAGGACAAACAGCUCUUCUGUGAGGACUGCCACGACGUCAAUUAUGCGGACAAGUGCACCAGAUGCGAGAAGCCAUUCAAGCCAAGUCAGCAGAAGUUGAAGUGGAAUGGAGGCCAGUGGCACCCCGAUUGUUUCCAGUGCGGGGGGUGUGGGAAGGCGAUCGGACGCAGUCCCUUCCACCCCCACAAGGACACGCCCUACUGCAUAGACUGCUGGACCGAAAACUUCGCCAUCAAGUGUACCAACACCAAGUGCGGCAAGGCGAUCACUAGUGGGGGAGUGACGUAUAAGAAGCAGCCUUACCACAGGCAGUGUCUGGGCUGCAGUGAGUGUGGGAAGGAGUUGGCUGGACAGAGGUUCACCCUCAGUGAGGACACAUCCCUCCCCCUGUGCGCGGAGUGCUUCACCAGCAAACACGCCAAAAACUGCUACGAGUGUGACACCCCCAUCACAGGAAUCAGCGGUGGCAAGUAUCUGGCUUUCGAGGGAUUUUACUGGCACAGGGAAUGCUUCUAUUGCAAGUCGUGUGGGGAAAAACUGGAGGGCAUCAACUUCUUAGCAGAGGGAACUGGGAAGGAUACUGAGAUCCUGUGUCAGCCAUGUGGCCACAAGAGGAGGGGAUGGGAUUUCUCAGUUGAUGCAUGAGAAAUAAAAGAGAAUAUUCAAGAAGAAAAAAGAAGAGACAAUGAGCUCAAAUGGAGCAACUGUCCAGCAUAGUAUUUUGUAUAGUCAUCAGUUGACCUUUAUGUUAAAUAAAUCACACAAUAUUUCACUUCAAAUUAUUUGUACAUUCUCUCAGAACUAAAAGCGUCUAUCUAUUUCAUUGUUUAUGUCUUCAUGGAAGAAAUAAGUCACUUA